AUGGAUAAUAGAAACGGUGAGGGAUGUUCAAGGAAAAACCCCUCCGCAGCACGGGAGCGAGAUGUGGUAGCCAACCAGUCCUCACCUGUCAUCGCCGCCUUCAAAGGUAAGCGCGCCCUCAGAAUUCAACCGACCGCGCUUUUCGGCCCUCUCUUCGUUGAAACUUUUCUUUCUGUCUUUGAAGUUUUCCAGCAGGAGCUCGACACCAAACACGACAAAUAUGAGCGUCUUGUGAAGCUCAGUAGAGACAUCACCAUCGAAAGCAAGAGGACCAUUUUUCUUUUGCACAGAGUGACCAACGUUCCAGAUACAGAAAGUGUUCUGAACGAGGCAGAAGUGAAGCUGGACGGAGUCAGGCAGAGGAUCAGUCAGGUGGCUGAGGAGCUGAGAGGGGAAGACAUUUUUCAGUUUCACAGAGCUUUCACUCCAGGGAACACGGGCCCCUACGAGGUCUCCAAAAAGCUGCACACGCUGCGACAGAGCCUGGGCAAGGUGGAGGACGCCUGCUACACGCUGCGGGUCCGCGGCUCCGAGAUCCCAAAGCACAUGCUGGCGGACGUGUUCAGCUGUAGGACCACACUCAUGGAUCCAGAGGAGGGGGCGGUUUAA